AUGGAGUUCUCUGGAUCUACAUUAUCCGUUGUGGAGGUCGAGCACACCGUUAGGCAACUGCGCCCAUUUCCCCUUCAAGAUAUCGGAACGGCAGAGUGGAAGAAUCAGCGGGAAGCCGUGGAGCGACUCAACAUGUGCACUCAUAGUAACGCCGUUCUGAAAAAAGACGAUACAGUUAAGGCAUUUCUCAUAGAACAUGAAAAGCUUCCUGUGUUACUGCACGAGUUGUUGGUUAUGGAAGUGUGGCGGCAGCGUGUGCUUCCAUUGAUAAAGGACCAAAUAGUCCAGCAUCCAGCUGGCAUUUACAUGUACGUGCAGUACGAGAUGGUGUUGCUAAACCUCUUCGAGUGCAUCGCAUUUCACGAGGAAGUUGUGGUGGCUCUUGACGAGGAUGUAUUGGAGUUAAUUGACUACUGUUGGCGACAGGCUUCGAGACUUUUCGCAGAGCAGAAUGUCAACGAAGUGCAGAGCAAACCAACAGCCCGGGAUGUUAGCAACGCUGCGAAUACGGUGGAGGAGGUCCUCAAAAGUGCGGACCGGCAGAUGCUUCAUGCCAUUUAUCAGCGUGCAAUGGCUUCCCUUUCUAUCCUGUGGUUUAUCAUCGAUCGGUUGAACCAACUUCCUCUCGCGGCGUCCAACUCGGUUCUCGUGAAGAACGAUCUCAUUCUUGGACUUACGGAGGUGAUGUUGCUUCAGCCGUGGUUACGGCGCUCCUCAGAGGCAACACAGAAGUUUUUCAACGGUGAGUUCAAAGACAUUCCGCGGGCUGAUGUAUUGCUUGUUUGUACGCCUGAGGCCCACACAUGGUUUUCGCUCCAUAAACUACUUUGUGACCCGGAGUGCCGGCGGCGGUACUCGUAUACACAAAGCAAGAAGGAACUCAUCCUGCGCAUUCGACAUUUUCUUAAUGACACCCUCGUUGAUCAAAUACCAGCUCUUGCGAGCUUGCAGAGGGCGCUUGAGGAGCUUUCGUUUCUCCAACCGCCCAGCGGAACAGAAGAAAAGUUUAAAAGCACUCUUACGAUUGAGCAGGUCCCACGUAUCAUGACGUUGGUGGAGGUGGAGAGAAAAGGGAGUUGGGACGAUCUCGCGUCCACGUUACGUGCCAUGCUGCAGGACCCGAGUGUUCGCAACGAGGACGCGAUGAGGUUAUCGAGAAUAUUUGACGAAAUGUUUUCCGAUCAGUUGAAGUAA